CGGCGGGGACUCGCCGUGGAGUUCGGGUGUCACCCUGGGGCGCUUGAGAGACUCCCAGAGACCCCCGAGGCGAGCCAGGGCUGGAGUCCCGGACCCGGCCCCUGGGAGAUGUGACAGUCAGUGGCCGGACCAGCCCAGACCCACACCCCAGUAGGCUGGCGCUCAGAGGUCUGCCGGCCCCUUCCGGUCAGGAUGGUGGACACAGGAAGCCCACUGUGCACUCUCUCCAGCCUCGAUGCUGACGACCUGGAAAGCCCGUUAUCUGAAGAAUUCCUCCAGGAAAUGGGGAAUAUCCAUGAGAUUUCACAAUCUAUCGGUGAGGACAGCUCCGGAAGCUUCACUUUUCCAGAAUACCAGUGUCUGGGAAGCGGCUCUGUAUCGGAUGGCUCCGUGAUCACAGACAGCCUGUCUCCCGCAGCCAGCCCUUCAUCCGUCACUUGUCCUGUGGUUCCUGGAGGUGUGGACGAGUAUCCCAGCGGAGCCCUCAACAUUGAAUGCAGGAUCUGCGGGGACAAGGCCUCAGGCUACCACUAUGGCGUCCACGCGUGUGAAGGCUGCAAGGGCUUCUUCCGCCGGACGAUCCGGCUGAAGCUGGCAUAUGACAAAUGCGACCGCAGCUGCAAGAUUGUCAAGAAGAAUCGUAACAAGUGCCAAUACUGCCGCUUCCACAAGUGCCUGGCUGUGGGCAUGUCACACAACGCGAUUCGCUUCGGCCGCAUGCCGCGAUCAGAGAAGGCGAAGCUGAAAGCUGAGAUCCUCACGUGUGAGCAGGAGGACGAGGGCCCCGGCAGUGCAGACCUCAGGUCCCUGGCCCGGCGGAUCUAUGAAGCCUACUUGAAGAACUUCCACAUGAACAAGGUCAAGGCCCGUGUCAUCCUAGCGGGGAAGACCAGCAACAACCCGCCUUUCGUCAUACACGACAUGGAGACGCUGUGUAUGGCCGAGAAGACACUCGUGGCCAAGAUGGUGGCCAACGGCGUCCAGAACAAGGAGGCUGAGGUCCGCAUCUUCCAUUGCUGCCAGUGCAUGUCGGUGGAAACUGUCACGGAACUCACCGAGUUCGCCAAGGCCAUCCCAGGCUUCGCAAGCUUGGACCUCAACGACCAAGUCACCUUGUUGAAGUACGGCGUCUACGAGGCCAUCUUCGCGAUGCUGUCAUCCAUGAUGAACAAGGACGGGAUGCUCAUAGCCGAGGGCAACGGCUUCAUCACGCGCGAAUUCCUCAAAAACCUCAGAAAACCGUUUUGUGAUAUCAUGGAGCCCAAAUUUGACUUCGCUAUGAAGUUUAACGCGCUGGAACUGGAUGACAGUGACAUUUCCCUCUUUGUGGCUGCCAUCAUCUGCUGUGGAGACCGGCCCGGCCUCCUGGACAUCGGCUCCAUCGAGAAGAUGCAGGAGGGCAUCGUGCACGUGCUGCGGCUCCACCUGCGCAGCAACCACCCUGACGACGCCUUCCUCUUCCCCAAGCUGCUCCAGAAGCUGGCCGACCUGCGGCAGCUGGUCACGGAGCACGCGCAGCUGGUGCAGGUGAUCAAGAAGACCGAGUCGGAGGCAGCGCUGCAUCCACUGCUGCAGGAGAUCUACAGGGACAUGUACUGACCGCCCACGGCACCCGGCCUCGCAUGGCUUCUCCUGGACCCAGGUGUGCCUCAGCUGCUAGGACUCGUCGAGGCCUGCCUGGCACCACCUUUGCGCACCAAGGCACGGUUCCUUGCCUCACACCAGCACUUGGCCGCCGAGUUACCUGUGACUUGUCCCCUCUGUGCCUGUCCUUCAGUGGCCAUGCACCUGCACAAUCUGGAAAACUAAUCUGCACUUUUUUUAUGACCUACCUUCCUGGUCCUCUCCGUCUCGACGUAAAAGCUCAGCUAUGGAAAACCAGCACAAUAUUUACACAGACUUCAGUCCCCCUUCCCACGGCUGAAGCAGAGGAUGGAGAAUUGUAACGGACUCUUGGAUAAGCUGUCCCAGCGCAGUUCGUUGGGGGCUGUGACUAUGAACACGGGCAAAGCCCCCUUUGGGGUUUCUUAGAAGAUACUAGCAAAGUGCCUUGGAGCUCCAGGAGCCGCUGGAAGCUGAGUCAGCCAAAAGCCAUGCACGGUCUGAAGCUCAGCUGCCCAGCUGGCUCCUCUUGGGCCCAUGUCCUCGGGCUCCUGGUACCCCACUAGCGCUUUUUAGGGGCUAACAGGGGAGUGGUUUCUGAAAUUUUGGGUGGGAGGCCCAUUAGGCAACUCCCGUGUUUUUCCCUAUGUCUUGAAAACCCAGCGCUUCUUCCUACCUCCUUGGCAGAGCUUGGCUGACCUCCCAAAGCAGAGACGGGGUGGAUGUGACUUCUGCUCCCGAGGGGCGGUGCUGGUCUUUGGAGGCUGGGGGAGGAGAGAGUGGCAGAGCC